AUGAGCAGUGAAAACCAGAGUUUCUUGGGGGAUCUGCCUAAAAACUUCAUCCUUCUGGGUGUCUCUGACAGGCCAUGGCUGGAACCCCCUCUCUUUGUGGUCCUCCUGGUGUCCUACACUCUGGCCAUUUUGGGCAACAUUGCCAUCAUCUUGGUGUCCUGGCUGGAUUCCCAGCUCUAUAGCCCCAUGUACAUCUUCCUCAGCCACCUGUCCUUCCUGGACCUCUGCUACACCACGACAACAGUCCCACAGAUGCUGGUCAACAUGGGCAGCUCUAAGAAGACCAUCAGCUAUGGGGGCUGCACAGUGCAGUAUGCAAUUUUCCAUUGGUUGGGCUGCACUGAGUGCAUCAUCUUGGCCACCAUGGCCCUGGACCGCUACGUGGCCAUCUGUGAGCCUCUCAGGUACACUGUCAUCAUGCACCGUGUUCUCUGCCAGAAGCUGGUAGCUACAGCCUGGGUCAGUGGCUUUGGCAACUCCCUUGUCCAAGUAGUCUUGACAGUGCAGUUGCCUUUCUGUGGGCGACAAUUGCUAAACAACUUCUUCUGUGAGGUGCCAGCCAUGAUCAAGCUGUCAUGUGCUGAUACAACUGUGAAUGAUGACACACUGGCCGUGUUGGUGGCUUUCUUUGUGCUGGUUCCCCUCGCUUUCAUCCUCCUCUCCUACUGCUUCAUUGCCCGUGCGGUGCUCAGGAUCCAGACUUCCAAAGGGUGGCACAAGGCCUUUGGCACCUGUUCUUCCCAUCUGAUAGUGGUCUCCCUUUUCUACCUCCCUGCCAUCUACAUGUACCUGCAGCCCCCUUCCAGCUACUCCCAAGAGCAGGGUAAGUUUAUCUCCCUCUUCUAUUCCAUCAUCACCCCCACCCUCAAUCCCUUCAUCUACACCCUGAGGAAUAAGGAUGUGAAGGGAGCUCUGAGAAGACUCCUGGAGAGGAUCUGGAGGUUCUGCAGAAGAUGA